UUAUCUCUGGUUGUCUCGUUCUUGAUGCGUUUAUGAACCGCAUCUGCCGCUGACGACACAGGCCGUAAUACAGGCAGAUAAGCAAGUGCUACAUGUGGUUAGAAUUAAAACAUAAGAUUCGACUGAUAUAAACCUUGAAUAACGAUGAUAAAAAGGACCUUAUUAUUUAAUUAUUAUACGGUUCGUAAUAAGCAAAAUCGUGGUUGUGUCAUUCUGUGUAAAGGUAUAUGAGCCGCGUUUGUGUUACACGUGAUUACACCUCUCCAUGCUCCCCACCGAUUCUUGGAGUUUCAACUAGAUACUAUUAACUAAAUGUACAAGAACUUAAUUUACUGCCAAAUAUUAUUCUUUGUUUUAUUAGAAAAAUACACGAUAUAGCUUGGUGGCUAUGCUUUUAGUAUGAUUAUAUCUGACACUUGAUUGAGGUUAUAAUCAUUUAGAAUUAGAGGGUAUAAGUGACUUCAUAUUAGAUAAUACAACAAUGAGAAAUAAGAAUUAUGAGGAUCUUGAUCCGGAUGAUUCGAGAUUUCGAAUUACACCGUACCAACAGAUGUUGGCUUCAUGCACUGGAGCACUUGUCACAUCAAUCGUUGUUACUCCACUUGAUGUGGUCAAGGUUCGACUACAAUCACAACAAAAGGCUAUGCUUUCCAACAAAUGUUUCCUCUAUUGUAAUGGCUUGAUGGACCAUUUGUGCCCUUGUCCAAACAGUAAAGACCUGUUAUGGAGUAAAGGAAAUAGAAAAUUCAAUGGUACCUUGGACGCUUUCGUGAAAAUAAGUAAAUCAGAAGGUGUUCGUUCUUUGUGGAGUGGAUUAAGUCCAACUCUUGUCCUAGCAGUACCUGCCACAAUAGUAUAUUUUGUUUCCUAUGAACAAUUGCGACUAUUUUUUAAGGAUACAUAUAAUAAAAAGAUAAAUAAAGAUAUAACAAAAGGAGAACAACCAUUCUGGAUUCCUGUACUAGCUGGUGGUAUUGCACGUAUUUGGGCAGCAACAUUAGUAAGCCCGUUGGAACUUAUAAGAACAAAAAUGCAAUCACAGAAACUUAGUUACAACGAAUUAGUCCAUGCAUUGAAAACGGUUGUGAAAUAUAAUGGGGUAUCAGGCUUGUGGAUGGGCUUGAGUUCAACACUUCUUCGUGAUGUACCCUUUAGUGCAAUAUAUUGGUUCAAUUAUGAAACCAUAAAGCGAAUAUUCCAAGACUCUCACAAAUCCUUUACAUUUAAUUUCGUUGCCGGUGCUAUGGCUGGAUCCAUAGCAGCCUUAGUGACCCUUCCAUUUGAUGUCGUGAAGACACACAAACAAAUUGAAAUGGGUGAGAAGCUAAUUUAUUCUGAUAAACCUAGACGUAGCAGGGGCACAUUGGCGAUAAUAGAAAAGAUCUAUAAUCUAAAUGGUAUAAAAGGUUUAUACGCAGGACUAAUUCCUCGGAUAGUUAAGGUAGCACCAGCGUGUGCAAUAAUGAUUGCGACAUAUGAACAUGGAAAACGCUUCUUUUAUGCGUAUAAUGCUGAACGAGCAUUAAAUUUAGAGAAUAAUGUACAUUUGUUAAAACACAAGCGUGAUGGUGUUCAGUAAAUCUAAAAGAAUUAGCGGUCAACCACGACAUUGCGCAUAACAAUCGUACUUUAAAUAAAGAAUUUUAUUUUAAAUCGUU